UAUUGCUGUGCUCUCUAAAUGUCGAUGCACGACAUCAGCAGGUUGCCUUCGUUAUCGGUGUAGCGCUGACAUUUGUACUGUACUGGGGAAUAACUGCUAACCUUAGAGCUGGAGACAUUCUGAAAAUAAAGUGCUUUCUGAGAACGUAAACAUGAGAUAUUGAAUAAUAAAUCUAAUGAUCAAUUUAAAUGGAUCACUCAUGCAUUACUGUGUAUUACAGUGGGAUUAUAACAAAACCCUCACAAUACACCAAGCCAAGGGUUGAACAGUAAUAAGAAAGGGAAAUGUUUCCAUUUUCCCAGGGGUUUAAGUUUUAAUCAUUCCUGUAAUACUGCGAGACCAUUUUAGUUUCCUUAUUGUUUUCCCCCAUUUCUCCCGAGGCCAAAUGUUUUAUUUCAUUUUAUUCAAAAAAUACUAAUAUUCUCAUUUCGCAUUCCUCUUAAUUAAUUCUCGAAGCCUAUUGUAUUCAAUAUGAAAGGGAGACAAAUGUAAUGACUAACGUUUUAGUAACUUUCUUUUAUGCAAUGCUAGAGCUUAAAAUUAUACAAGAUUGUAACUAAUCUCUUUUCAUUUCAGACUCUUUACAUUGGCCACUUACUGCGCGAGGACUCAGGAACAAAAAUGAGAAGCGAACAUUUAUUCGUCGAAAGAUACAAAUCAAAGGGGCACCCAAAACAGUCGUCGUGACCGUAAAUGGCCAGCGGGUUGACACAAAUUCUGGUGGCACAACAUCGCCUGUUCAACCACUGCCAGUUCCAUUGCCUGGAGCGAAUCAUCCUAUUAACCUUCAUAUCAAUCUCAAUAGAAAACAUUUCGAAGGAAACAUCGUCGGUCAGCGAAAACAGCCUAUAAUAAUCGCUCGCCCAAAUCCUCCUCGACCAAUAGUGAUUCCAAUUCCGAUGCCAGCACAAACGCAACCUCCUCAGCCAGUAAUAUUACCAGCUCCACUUCCUCCUCCUCUUCCACCUGCUCCCAUCCUCCCAGCACCCAUGCCCCCACCCUUGCCAGUUCCCAUUCCAGUUCCGGCGCCAGCACCACCUCCGGAUAAAGAAGACUCUGACCUUGCCAGCAUCCUGCAGACAGCUGCUCUGUUAAACACGCUUGGAAAAAAGGAGGAAAGUCGUCCAAAGAUAAUACCAGUUAUGCAGCCAUUUAUUCCCCCUAUGGCGUAUCAGCCACCUUUUAUGGGAUAUCCACCUGGCAGGAACCUAAAUCAAGGAUAUCAGGGAUACCCGGCCGGUGGAAAUCCUAAUCAGGGAUAUCCGGCAGGUGGAAAUCCUAAUCAGGGAUAUCCGGCAGGUGGAAAUGAAAACCAGGGAUAUCCAGCUGGUGGAAAUCCUAAUCAGGGAUACCCGGCGCGUGGAAAUGAAAACCAGGGAUAUCCGGCGGGUGGAAGUCCAAAUCAGGGAUAUCCAGCUGGCGGAAAUCAAAACCAGGGAUAUCCGGCUGGUGGAAAUCAAAACGCAGCAGUCGCACCAGCUGCAAAUAAUGGCUCUCCUUUAGCGGGAUUAAAUGGAAUCCUGCCUUUAUUACUUCCCUUCAAUUGCCGUUGUGGAUGCGAAAGAAGGUGUCCAGAUUUAUGUAAUCUUUGCAAAGGUGGUGUUGACGAGGAGAUCAUUGACACGUUAGAGUGUUGCAAGACACAACCGUGCUCUUGUUUAAAUGCUGGAGCGGGUACGACACAACCAGCGGCAGUGGCAGCCCCAUUAGCGGCAGGAGCAGUAGUAGCCCCAAUAGGAGCCCCAGGACCUCCAGUGGCCUCUCAACCUCAACGAGGAACUGCAUUACCAACACCCGCAUCCGCCCCAGCCCAACCACAGCCUAUUCAACAGUCAUAUCCUUCUUUACUCCCGUCUCAACCUGUUGCCGUGCCUCCUCUUCCCCCAUUAGGGCAAGUCAAUCCCGUCUCUCCAUUACAACCUGCAUCAGCGCCACCACUUCCAUCCCAACCCGCCUCAGCGCCACCACUUGGAGCACCUCCUCAACCUUUACCAUCUGGCCCAGGACCUCCAGUUUCUUCACCCGGGCUGCCACUUCCCCUUCCGCCGAAGCCGGAGAUAACUCCUCCUGCAGCAGAGAUUACUCCUCCGAAACCAGGACGCGUUCCACCAAAGCCGGAGAUUCCAGUUCCCGGCCCCCCUGGAUCACUUACUCCACCCAAGCCAGAAAUCCCAGUCCCCGAGGCGCCCAGUUCAGGUGUCCCUCUGAAGCCAGAAACUCCAAGCCAGGGACCAAUUCCCGAGACAGGAACAAAACUUCCACCUAGACCUGGAAUUGGAGGACCUGAAAGAGGACCAGGAAAGCAAUCAUCAUCUACUACACCGGGAUCGUCAAGUCCUGAAGGUCCAGGCCCCCCAGGCUCAUUGGUUGCUCCUCCACCAGAUAGCACAGGUCCUAUCCAGCUUCCGUCUUUACCACCUUUACUACCUGGUGAACCGGGGCCCAGUGCUCCUGCUGCUCCUAAUCCAGUAGCACCUCUUCCAGCUGCGCCUACCCCGACCGUCGUACCGCCGCUCCCUCAGCUACCACUGCCGAAGACAGCUUAUCCUGCUCCUCCGGCACCUCCUCAGGUAUUUAUCAUCAAGGAAAAUAGCGUUUCUGCAAACGAUCCAGAAGACAGCAAGAGUGCAGAGGCACUCGAUAAUUUAAGCCAGUCGUUCGAGAAUGCGUUCACGAAGGCUCUUAAGUCUCAACGAAAGAAAACUAAGCUGCACCAUAAACCUCGUAGAGGGCGUGUUAAUCAAAAGCCAGAGGAAAGAGAAAAUUUGGAUUCAGAAGACGAAGCGACCGAGAACGAAGAGAACGAGGACGACGAGGAGAAGGUGCAGUUUUAUGGCGGCUCACGAGGAGAUUUCGAAGACGAUGAUUUAAAUGAAGACAGUGAUAUCAGUCGAAAAAAUGACAAUGACGAUGACGACGAUAGUGAGGAUGAUAAUGAUAUUGAUCAGAAUAAGGCGGAUGAAGAGCCGCCAUAUGACUUGGACCAACCUCGCUAUUCUCAUUCUCGGCCAUCUUACGAGGACGACGAGCACCAAGAUUCGUCGAGACACGACCAAAACGAUCAGGCACGGAAAAGGAAAAAAUAUUUAGUCCUCGAGCAGUAUGGUAAAAAUGAGGACCUGAGUGAUAAAAAGGCAGAUAGGCACCAGCUGUCAUAUGGUCGCUCUGAAAAUGCAUUUUCCAAUCGAUAUUUUGAACGUCAAGGUUUUGACACUCAUAGAGAAAAACACCCAACACUCAAAAAAACGAACUACGAUGACAAAUCGCCAGGGUUUGAUUUCGAUUCCACUGAUGAUGAAAGUACUCAAAAAGUUCAUAGGGAAAGACAUCACCCAACACUGAAAACAACUAACUACGAGUUUGAUUCCCAUUCCAUUUACGGUGAAACUACUCGAAAAGUUCCAUCAGAAGCCGCGUCUGUAUCUAGUCGGCGCCACAAGGUCAGGUCCAAACACUUCAAUAGCCAAAAGCCACGUUCGAAAUUCAAAGCUCAGAGGAAAAAACUUCCAACACUGAAAACAAUGAACUACAAUGAUAGGUCGCGAGGGUAUGAUAUCGGUUCUAUUUACGGUGAGACUACUCGAAAAGUUCCAUCAGAAACCUUGUCUGUCUCUAGUCGGCGCCACAAGGUCAGAUCCAAACACUUCAGCAGUCAAAAGCCACGUUCAAAAUUCCAGCAUUACUCUAAAGAUCUGUCUGUUAGUCAUGAUAUAAGUAAUUUUGCUCAUUUGCAGGACCGAGCUUCUCACAAACAUGGCCGCAUGCAUGGACAUGAUCAUCAUUCUCUGCAUAAACAGUCAAAAAAUGUCGAAAAGAGUCGUUCAAAAGCUGAAAUGAUUCCCGAGGACGAAAUUACUGAGGAUGUAGGCUCAACUAGUGAAGGAAAUGAUUAUUCUGGAGAUGAUAAACGUCUUUCUUCCUUUUCAUCUUCUGGAAAUUACGAGAAAAACAACCAGCAUCGUCCAGUGGAGGACACUUACAUUGAGGGACAUAAAAAUCCUGCGCUAUCUACUGUGCAGGUUUAUAAACCAGGACGUCAUUCAAAGUUUAGCAAAAGAAAAAAAAUUAAAAGUGAUAAAAACAUCAAGGAGGAAAAUAGUUAUAACUCAGGUGAAGAAUCUGGCGAAAAAGAAGACAAUGAUACUGAUGGUGGCGAGAACCUAAAUCAAGGAUAUCAGGGAUACCCGGCCGGUGGAAAUCCUAAUCAGGGAUAUCCGGCAGGUGGAAAUCCUAAUCAGGGAUAUCCGGCAGGUGGAAAUGAAAACCAGGGAUAUCCAGCUGGUGGAAAUCCUAAUCAGGGAUACCCGGCGCGUGGAAAUGAAAACCAGGGAUAUCCGGCGGGUGGAAGUCCAAAUCAGGGAUAUCCAGCUGGCGGAAAUCAAAACCAGGGAUAUCCGGCUGGUGGAAAUCAAAACGCAGCAGUCGCACCAGCUGCAAAUAAUGGCUCUCCUUUAGCGGGAUUAAAUGGAAUCCUGCCUUUAUUACUUCCCUUCAAUUGCCGUUGUGGAUGCGAAAGAAGGUGUCCAGAUUUAUGUAAUCUUUGCAAAGGUGGUGUUGACGAGGAGAUCAUUGACACGUUAGAGUGUUGCAAGACACAACCGUGCUCUUGUUUAAAUGCUGGAGCGGGUACGACACAACCAGCGGCAGUGGCAGCCCCAUUAGCGGCAGGAGCAGUAGUAGCCCCAAUAGGAGCCCCAGGACCUCCAGUGGCCUCUCAACCUCAACGAGGAACUGCAUUACCAACACCCGCAUCCGCCCCAGCCCAACCACAGCCUAUUCAACAGUCAUAUCCUUCUUUACUCCCGUCUCAACCUGUUGCCGUGCCUCCUCUUCCCCCAUUAGGGCAAGUCAAUCCCGUCUCUCCAUUACAACCUGCAUCAGCGCCACCACUUCCAUCCCAACCCGCCUCAGCGCCACCACUUGGAGCACCUCCUCAACCUUUACCAUCUGGCCCAGGACCUCCAGUUUCUUCACCCGGGCUGCCACUUCCCCUUCCGCCGAAGCCGGAGAUAACUCCUCCUGCAGCAGAGAUUACUCCUCCGAAACCAGGACGCGUUCCACCAAAGCCGGAGAUUCCAGUUCCCGGCCCCCCUGGAUCACUUACUCCACCCAAGCCAGAAAUCCCAGUCCCCGAGGCGCCCAGUUCAGGUGUCCCUCUGAAGCCAGAAACUCCAAGCCAGGGACCAAUUCCCGAGACAGGAACAAAACUUCCACCUAGACCUGGAAUUGGAGGACCUGAAAGAGGACCAGGAAAGCAAUCAUCAUCUACUACACCGGGAUCGUCAAGUCCUGAAGGUCCAGGCCCCCCAGGCUCAUUGGUUGCUCCUCCACCAGAUAGCACAGGUCCUAUCCAGCUUCCGUCUUUACCACCUUUACUACCUGGUGAACCGGGGCCCAGUGCUCCUGCUGCUCCUAAUCCAGUAGCACCUCUUCCAGCUGCGCCUACCCCGACCGUCGUACCGCCGCUCCCUCAGCUACCACUGCCGAAGACAGCUUAUCCUGCUCCUCCGGCACCUCCUCAGGUAUUUAUCAUCAAGGAAAAUAGCGUUUCUGCAAACGAUCCAGAAGACAGCAAGAGUGCAGAGGCACUCGAUAAUUUAAGCCAGUCGUUCGAGAAUGCGUUCACGAAGGCUCUUAAGUCUCAACGAAAGAAAACUAAGCUGCACCAUAAACCUCGUAGAGGGCGUGUUAAUCAAAAGCCAGAGGAAAGAGAAAAUUUGGAUUCAGAAGACGAAGCGACCGAGAACGAAGAGAACGAGGACGACGAGGAGAAGGUGCAGUUUUAUGGCGGCUCACGAGGAGAUUUCGAAGACGAUGAUUUAAAUGAAGACAGUGAUAUCAGUCGAAAAAAUGACAAUGACGAUGACGACGAUAGUGAGGAUGAUAAUGAUAUUGAUCAGAAUAAGGCGGAUGAAGAGCCGCCAUAUGACUUGGACCAACCUCGCUAUUCUCAUUCUCGGCCAUCUUACGAGGACGACGAGCACCAAGAUUCGUCGAGACACGACCAAAACGAUCAGGCACGGAAAAGGAAAAAAUAUUUAGUCCUCGAGCAGUAUGGUAAAAAUGAGGACCUGAGUGAUAAAAAGGCAGAUAGGCACCAGCUGUCAUAUGGUCGCUCUGAAAAUGCAUUUUCCAAUCGAUAUUUUGAACGUCAAGGUUUUGACACUCAUAGAGAAAAACACCCAACACUCAAAAAAACGAACUACGAUGACAAAUCGCCAGGGUUUGAUUUCGAUUCCACUGAUGAUGAAAGUACUCAAAAAGUUCAUAGGGAAAGACAUCACCCAACACUGAAAACAACUAACUACGAGUUUGAUUCCCAUUCCAUUUACGGUGAAACUACUCGAAAAGUUCCAUCAGAAGCCGCGUCUGUAUCUAGUCGGCGCCACAAGGUCAGGUCCAAACACUUCAAUAGCCAAAAGCCACGUUCGAAAUUCAAAGCUCAGAGGAAAAAACUUCCAACACUGAAAACAAUGAACUACAAUGAUAGGUCGCGAGGGUAUGAUAUCGGUUCUAUUUACGGUGAGACUACUCGAAAAGUUCCAUCAGAAACCUUGUCUGUCUCUAGUCGGCGCCACAAGGUCAGAUCCAAACACUUCAGCAGUCAAAAGCCACGUUCAAAAUUCCAGCAUUACUCUAAAGAUCUGUCUGUUAGUCAUGAUAUAAGUAAUUUUGCUCAUUUGCAGGACCGAGCUUCUCACAAACAUGGCCGCAUGCAUGGACAUGAUCAUCAUUCUCUGCAUAAACAGUCAAAAAAUGUCGAAAAGAGUCGUUCAAAAGCUGAAAUGAUUCCCGAGGACGAAAUUACUGAGGAUGUAGGCUCAACUAGUGAAGGAAAUGAUUAUUCUGGAGAUGAUAAACGUCUUUCUUCCUUUUCAUCUUCUGGAAAUUACGAGAAAAACAACCAGCAUCGUCCAGUGGAGGACACUUACAUUGAGGGACAUAAAAAUCCUGCGCUAUCUACUGUGCAGGUUUAUAAACCAGGACGUCAUUCAAAGUUUAGCAAAAGAAAAAAAAAUUAAAAGUGAUAAAAACAUCAAGGAGGAAAAUAGUUAUAACUCAGGUGAAGAAUCUGGCGAAAAAGAAGACAAUGAUACUGAUGGUGGCGAGUAUUAUUAGGAACCUUUUCCUUAAUUACUUUCCCCUUAAAGAUGAUUUCCAGACCAUACUACGCAAUCUCAGCACCCAAAUGUUUAUAAACAUUAUAAAUCCCACUCGAUGGAAUGCGAAUCGUUAUUAUUUGUUACAAACCACAUUCUUAUCCUUGAGGCCUUUCAAAUUCUUUUCCAACAGCUUCAUUGAUUCUUACAGCUGCGAAGCUGUUUCAUCAAGUGAUAUGAGAAAGAACAAAGCAUAAAGCUUCGACCCCUUCGCAUCCAAAAUGGCGGUUGUUUGAAACUUUGAAUUUACUUCAUGUAAGUAGUUGCGAAAUGUUUACAUUAUGUGAUGUCUUUCGUAACACAAAACAAAAAAAGCAAACAAACUCUCGAGAGUGGGCAGUACGGACUGGAAAUCAUCUUUAAGAGUGCUCUCUCUUAAUGAUGGCAACGUUCGUCCCAAAAGAACUCCUUUCCUUCUGUAAAUUAAAUGCACGCUUUUUGUUAUGGGAAAGAUUUGCUUUAGUCUUUGAGCUUUGAAUAAAACCAGUAACAUUUACAAUAACUGUAGUCUUUGCGUCGUUCGUGCUAUUCCAAAUUCUGAAAAGUCUACAAGUAAUUUCUUAUUUAGAAGUAUGGUUGUUUUACUCCAUUAAGUUGGAAAUGCUAUUUGUCCUUCAAGCACGCUAGAGCACGAGCUCGAUUGGAGGGAAAUUAAAGGAAAAUGGAAAGUCUAUCAGCUAUGUUUUCCACUACUUUUAUUAUAGACAACUUGUCUGGACAAUCCUUCUGCAGGGAAAAAGUUGCCCGUUUAAUUUGAGAGCAGUUACCAUAAACAUCAGCACUUCGUUCUAUAGGGUCAAAGGUUGUUUUUUUUUCCUAGAAAAUUCGACUUUUGAUCAUUUAUAUCUUCUAAAAACGAAAUCAAGGAAGAUCAUUGCAAACGUAGCAGGGUAGAUAAUUUAAAUUUGCAUCGAAAACACUCAUUUAUUGAUCGCUGAUUUGUUAAAUUCUAACAAAUUAUUACGUGACACGUCACGUGAUCAACAUAAUAUGCUAAGGCAAAGCGGGACGCCGAGUUUUAUAAUCAGGGAAAAUUCAGCUUCGUGAAACAAAUAUAACAAGAGAUAUAGCUGCCCAAUCAUAAUUCUACUUUACACUACUGACCCGGGCCUUAAACUGCUUGAAAACCCCACAAUUAUUCAAAACUUAUUAAAAUUUUGAAUUUUUUCCUCACUUUUAAACCAAUUUCGCAUGU